GAAAAGCAUUUUAUAUUCGUACUAUACAAAUCUUACGAAACUUUUUAUUGGCUAGAGACUGUGGAAGAAUCUAGGCAACAUUUAUUUACCGAGAUGAGCGUAUGACUGAGUAUAUCAUGUAUCUGAUCAUAGAGGUAAAUAUAAUGUCAUUAUUCUGAUCUAGCAACCUUUGGACUUGAAUAGGAAUUUGAAAAUCUUUUGUAAGUUUGCGAAGUAGAAGUAGAAGUGGCAGUAUACUUUGACAGCGUCAACGAAUCUUCAACGUGUAGCAGAGGACAAAGGUCUACGAACAAGCUACACCUUAAAAUGUUGAAAGCACCAAGUGAAUUGAGAGAAGUUUAUAAGAAUAUUCCUGACUAUGUGGACGGAAAGCUUCAGAUUGGAAAAGUCUCCCCCAGAACGAAGAUUACAUCGUUGGAUCAGCUGAAGAAAGGAGAUCACAUAAUGGAAGAAAGCCCUCUCGGCUAUUGGCACCACUUUAUUGUCGAGAAAGUGUGUGAUGAUUAUGCUUGGCGAAUUCACAAGACUGGGGAUCCACAAACAGGAAAAUACUCACUCUCGAUUUUAGAUCUUACAGCGAAAGCCGAAGUCUCUCGAGAUAAAUUCACUUUAGAGCCAGGCAUGGUGGUGUACCGAGUAGAAUACGAUCAAAAUGAUGGCGGCGGUGUGUUUUCUGGAGAUCAAGCCGUUCGAAGAGCAAGAAAACGAAUAGGUGAACGCAAUUAUAACGCUUUCACAAGCAACUGUGAGCAUUUUUGUACCGAAUGUAAGACUGGAAAGUGUAUCAGCUACCAAGUCUACGAUAUUCUCUGGAGUAUUUUCAGACUUAUAUUUCUUAUCUUUAACUUCGUGUUUUGGGGAGCGUUUAUCGCGAUUGGCACAAGCACAGGGUUCGUAGCGAGCACUACCAUCUUAAUCCUCAGUCAUGCCUUUGCUCUGGUAUUGGGUUUUCUACAAGAUGCCUUUUCUAUUGCGUUUUUUGUUUUUCGUGCCCAUAAAGCAAAGAGCCAAGGUCACGUGACUGCACAAGACGCCGAACGGUUCAAGGCGAAGAGGGUCACGCAAGUAGUAUUUGGUUUCGUUGGUUAUAUAGCUGGUGCUGCGUUAGGGUUUUACCACGUUCCUGUGCCGUACAUUGGCAGUUUUGUUGGUGGAUUUUUUGGCAGCUUUGUUUGGCAGUUGUUGGGUUUAAUGCUUGGAAGAUGGAUCGCAACGAUUUUGUAAAAAAAUAAUAUUACUGUGGUUUUUGAUAUUCUGCAAACUCAGUAGUUACAAGCUGAAAGCUAAAAUUAAGUUUUUCGCUGCUGUCAAUCAAAAAUAUUCAGUCUGUACCUUGUAUGUUUUUGACUGGCAGCAGUGAAAAACCAAUAUUAUUGUGUAGUUCCAAAAAUUAUCCAUACCCCCUCACAGAGGAUUUUUUUAAGACACCCCCCCUACCCCCCAGAAAUUCCAAUAUUCUUCCAUACAAGCUCUGUAGUUUUUGUUCUUUCUCUGACCCCCCUACUCUUCAGAAAUUCCAAAUUCCUCUGUGGGGUGGGUAUGGAUGAUUUCUGAAACUACACAUUUCACAACUAGCAUUUGAAAUGUUUGAGUUUGCAGAAUAUUGAAAACUUCAGUAAGCAGGAUCAUAUUAUGUCACCGCUGAUCCAUGUGGCUAACAACUUUAUCUUAGUAUUGAUGUAUGAUAGAAGGUGCCUCUGAAAAUCUAAUGCAUUAGUCAAUAUUGAACCCCCCUCAGACCCCCGAAACAGGGCAGGGGAUUCAACAUUGACGUAAUGUUAAAUUUAGCACUUUCCUCCCCCGGAGGCAAACAGAGUCAAUGCAAGGGUAAACAGGGAAUUUAAAGCAAUAACUUCAAUAAUUUUAACAGCAUAUGG